ACGUGGAGCAAAGAGACAGAGAGAGAAGGACGUGAAGAGAGGCUGAGAGAGAGACCAAUAGAGAGCAAGAGAGAGUCAAACUGCUGCCACAGACUGGGAGUAGUUUUUGCUAUUGGGACUGAAACAGGCUAAUACAGAAAAAAGGACUAAGAAAGAAGUUUAGAUAAAGAGGACAAAACAACAGCCAUUUGACUUCAGCAUGCCAUUUUAAAUUUGGCUUUCAUCCAAAGGAUUAACUGAAAGCAGAACUGACCUUUGGGAUGUGAAGUGUUUUUGUAUAAACCAAGAGAGAAAAACAAGAGGGGCCGGGAACCUGCAGCCACCUGUGACCCAGCAGCUCUGACGUCAAGUUGCUGUUGACCACAGACUGAGGAUCAACUUGCUGAUCUUUUAAAUCAAGCCUAACUCAGCAUCAUACAUCAGACUCACCUGCUUUAACAAAUUUAGCAAAAAAGAGAAUUUGGGGGUAAAGUAACUAUUUAAAGGGUACACGUCAGCAGCAUCUACAGAACAUUUGCUAAGCAACUUCCGAUAACAAACUUGCAAAGGUUACAAGUUGAACCUCAGCAGGUGGACGUCUCACAAGGAUUGACCAGUAGCUGUCAGAGCGUUGUUGUCGUCGUUGUAAGGAUGACAUUUGCCAUGCUGCGCACGGCGCCUCCCGCAGGCCGCUUCUUGUACGGCGACAUCGCCCUUCUUUCCGAAGACGAUGAUGAGAACGGGAGCGAGGGGUCGGGCUCCGAGGAGCGUACCACCAACUCCUCCAACUCUGCUGCCUUCCGCCUGUCCUCCUCGUCGCCAUCUGCCUUUCACAUCAAGGUGAACAGGAAGAGGAAGCUAUGCGGGGGAGGAGGGUGCGGAGGGGUAGAUAUAGGGGCCAUGACAGGGAGGCACGGCCCCCAGGAGUCUUCUCCCCCUGGGGAGGGUCGCCAGAGGACCGCAGCCAACGCACGGGAGAGAGAUCGCACCAAUUCUGUCAACACAGCAUUCACAGCGCUGCGCACACUCAUCCCCACCGAGCCUGCAGACAGGAAGCUGUCGAAGAUCGAGACGCUACGUUUGGCCAGCAGCUACAUCAGUCAUCUGGGGAACGUCUUGCUCCUGGGUGAGGGGCUUCAUGACGGACAGCCGUGCCACGCUCCCUCACCACCGUUCUUCCACGUUAACUCCUCCCCCAACCGAGGAUCUGACCAAUCAGCUCAGCCAAAGCACAUCUGUACUUUCUGCCUCAGCAACCAGAGGAAAAUGAACAAAGACAGAGACAGGAAGACGGCCAUCAGAAGUUAACAAUGAGGACACAAACCACACGGAUAAAAUGCUCGUCACUUUGACAGCGCCUUCGGUGAUUUUACAAUUACUGCGACUUGAAGACUUGUGAUGCAUUUAAAAGACUUUUGGAGGACGUCUUUAGCACUUCCAGGACUUUUCAAGGAACUUUGCCAAGCAUUUUUUCUUUUUUUUAACUUUUUAUAUCGCUUUACAAGAACUUUUUUACUUUUUAGGGUGUUUUCAAAUAUGUUUGAAACACUUCUGAAAAGUUUAACAGAACUUUUAAGGGCUUUCACAUGCUUAUCAAGACCAUGAAGAACCUUUCUACAACACUUAUAAGAGACUUUUUACUGUAUUGUUCAAAGACUCAGUGACUCUUUGCUCAGAGUCUAAGGAACUUAUGGCACAUGAUCGAAAAAACACACAGAACGUGUGACAGACAAAUUUGUAUUCAUCAAAAGCUGUGUGUUAUUAAUGUGUAAACGGAAAUAUAAAUGUAUAUUUAUGUGACAUAACAUUUUAUAAUGAAACUAUGUUAUUUAACCGGUGUUGACAUUCAUGGCAAAUAAUGAAAGGUAUAAAGGUGCAAAACAUUGGCUAUUGACACAAUUUAUGCUGAAAUGUUUGUGGUAUUGGUUAUUUCUAAUAAUCAUUUCUGAAAAUGUCUUAAUGCUGGAAAAUAACUCAAGAUGACCAAUAAAUGUUUUGUAUAUCUGGGAGUAAACUUCCUUUAUAUGUUGAUAUUUUGAGCCGAUUGUACUCUCAAAUCCUCCCCAACCAAUAAACAUCAUAAAGGUUUCCAGUGUGAAACUA